AUGCUAAUGGCUUCUUCUAAUAUCGACAAAGAAGUCGGUUACAUGAAAUCGAAUAGCAUAUUGCGUACUCACCAUAGAGCAAUGAUGGCCAGUAUGUCCAAACUUGUAUUAACAACACGAAUCUCUACAUUUACAUUUUUAACGGAAGAGGAACAACGCGUAAACGUCAAUAAAAUUUUAUCAGAAGCGAGUGAAUUAUUACUGUCAGCUAGAAAUUUUGUGAAUACUUGCCAAUCCUUAAGUAUUCCUUUAAUAGAGACGGAUCCUCAAUUCAUAAUGGAGGCAGAUGCUCAUCGCGACGACAAUGAAAAUAAAACUCCAUUUAUAACACCUUUGACGGACCGAAAAUUUUCGACCACUGAUGAUAAUAGCAGUCAAUAUAGUCUGCAAUUAAACCUAGUAGAGAGUUUAGAAACAAUAGGAAAUCGCAUACAAGACUCUGUCGAGACCAUUAUUCGAACAAUUAACAAUUGUGUACUACCAACGUCAAGGAAAAACAUCAGCAAUAACAACAAGCAGGAUAGGAUCUCGUUGAUAGCAUCCUUAUUUACUCACUUCCGUAAUCUAUCCAGUCAAACAAGUUUGUUUAUAGGUUACCUCACUGAAAUGAAUUUCAGCCCUGUACAGAACCAGAAAGGAACGGUUCAUAUAGAAAAGGGCAAACAAGAGUUAACAAAAUAUCUUGGCUUAUUAUUCUUUUACUUGCAAGCCCUUACAGCUGAUAAUACUUUAAACGACAGCCAUGAAGAACACCUCAAUAAUAUAAGAACUGCAGCUCAUCGUUUGAUAGACCCAAUCACUCUCAUUUGUGAAAGUGUGCUUGUACAAGCAGCCAAAGUUUACGGCAGACAGAAUAGUGAUGCAUCGCUCAAUCUGCCGCUGGACAAGAGUCAGUCAAUUAGGAAAAAAGCGUCCACUUCGUUUGUAAUGGAUAUGAUUAUAGAGGAUGCUAAUGAAAUAACCUACUCUAAUGCUGAGGAGAACGACCCAUCCAUUAUCAAUGUAAUUGAAGAAGAAGAAGAAGAAGAAUCAGAUCAAAAGCUUUCAGUAAGCAGUAUAGAGCAGUGUCGAUCGGGACAGUCCUCUUCUCAGGCCAGUAGUAUUACUUCACUGUCCCUACAGAAAUCACUCAGUAAUAAAUCAACUGCAGCAGCAAAAAAAGUUAAACGAUUUUUCAGUGAUGACUACUCAGUUUCUGAGAAAAGCUCGCUUAAUCAAUCAAUUACUGCCACCGAAUCAGAUAGCAGCACUAUCAUUAAUUAUACCCCACCUAAUACUGCUGAUGAGAACAACCAACGACCUUUUUAUCUGCGAUAUGAUUACGGCCUUGAUGACAUUGUUUUCAAUGCAGAAGGCGGCGUUAAAGGCGGCACGUUGCCAGCCCUAGUUGAACGUCUAACUUUGCAUGAUUACCUUGAUAUGAAUUUUGUUAAUACGUUCCUGUUGACUUAUCGAUCAUUUUGCACGUCUGUGGAACUACUCGAUUUGUUAGAAGCGAGGUACAAUUUAGAGUGUCCAGAUGGGCUUUCUGAAGAUGAAAGAGAUAUUUGGGCAGAGAAAAAAGUUAAACUAGUUCGUCUACGCGUCUUUAAUGUUCUCAAGAAUUGGCUGGACCUUUACUUCCAUGAAGACGACAGUCUUCUUCUCGAUAGGCUAUAUAAUUUUACUCAAACGCACAUAAAAAAGACGCUUACAUUUUCCAAUGGUCAGCUAGAAUCAUUGAUAGAGCGAAGGCGGAACCCAGAAAAAUAUGAAGAAAACAUCAAUGGGGGCUUGAAGAGGAUGAUAUUAACAUUGCCAGAUCCUCCAGAACCAAUACUACCGAAAAACAUGCGACGUAUUCGAUUACUAGAGGUUGAUCCUUUGGAAAUGGCAAGGCAAUUAACAAUUAUGGAUUUCACACUAUACAGUGCUAUUCGUCCCAUUGAAUGUUUAGACAAAUCAUGGUCAAAGGAUGAAGAAGGGAAUGUGGCUAUCAAUAUUCGUGCUUCUAUAGAUUAUUGUAACCAAAUCACGACCUGGGUGUCGGAUGUUAUUUUAAGUCACCAUGAUAUAAAAAAGAGAAGUGUUCUUAUCAAAUACUGGGUUCAAGUUGCUGAGAAAUGCCGAUGUUUGAACAAUUUCAAUACAUGUAUGGCUAUUUUAUCAGCCUUUGACAAUAGCUCCGUGGGAAGGUUGAAGCGUACUUGGGAAAUAGUAGGAGCAAGAACAAACCAGACGCUACAACAGAUACGUAAACUCAUGGGCGCAAAUCGUAAUUUUAUCGAGUAUCGUGCACUUAUACACUCCAUCAACCCUCCUUGCAUACCUUUUUUGGGUAUUUAUCUACAAGACUUGACAUUUAUUGAAGACGGUAAUUCGAACGUUCUGAAGCAAUCGAAGAAUUUGAUCAAUUUCGCGAAAAGAGCGAAAACAGCAGAGGUCAUUAGAGAAAUCCAGCAAUAUCAGUCUUCGUUAUACCAGCUCAAACCUGUAAAAGAAUUACAGGAAUAUAUCAGAAAUAACUUAAUAAGUACAAGAGAUGAAGAGCAACUUUAUAAAGAAAGCUUAAGAUUGGAGCCUAGGGAACGGGAAGAUGAAAAAAUAACUCGUUUACUACAAGAAUCUGGGUUUCUUUAG